UGGGUUAUGUAUUCUUGUGUUUUGUGGCUAGUUGUGUUAUUAUUAUAUUGAAUUGAAACUACACGUAAAUAGAAAGAUCUGUCGUAUGUUAUCAAUCUUUUGAUUAAACUGAAUAUCAAAAGGAAAGGAUUAUCAAAAAAGCAGCAUGGAACAGCAAGUAAAUGUAUACCGUAAGAUGCUAGCAGUUGCAAUAUCAAGUAUUUUAUUAGAAUAUGGAUGUGAUACUGCGGAAAAGGAGGCUUUAGGAACAUUAACAGAAAUGAUACAAGCAUUUAUAACAGAGAUCGGUGCAUUAAGUAAAAGUUUUUGUGAAUUAAGUGGUCGAUGUGAACCUGUAAUAGCGGACGUUAUAUUAGGCUUUGUAGAAAUGGGUUAUGACUUCAGUAACUUGGAUGGUUAUAUCAAAUCUAACAAACACGCAGUGCUACCUGCACUACAGCCACAACAGCCCCAAAAGCAACUAAAUAUGUUAUCUGCAGGAACUAAACAACCUUUACCUCCACAUAUUCCACAACAUUUUCCACCGUUUCCAGAUCCCCAUGCUUACGUCAGGACUCCUACCCAUAAACAACCAGUUAUUGAUUACGAAUCUGUAAGGGAAAAAGCUGCUAUUCAGAAGCGGGAUAUUGAGAAAGCUUUGACUAAAUUUUUAGCCAAAACCAGCCCAACACAUAAUUUAUUUGAUACUGAUGAAGCAAACAUAUUUCCAUUGGUAGCAACGAAACCUGUAUAUCCACCUUACCUAAGUGCCCUGCUUCCCCAAGAUCAAAUCUUCGAUCCUGAAGAUUUAGAUUUUGAUCCAAAGAGUCAGAUAAUACAGCAGCAAAAGAAUCAUGAUAAAGCCAAGAAACGUAUUAAGCCCGAAAUUAAAAAGGAAGAGGAACCUGGAGAAUUAUUGAAUGAUUCCGUAAAAAGUAACGAGGAAAAUACGACCAGUAACAGUUAUAUCGAUAAUCCCUACUUAGCUGCAACAAAGUUACCUGCGAAUCAGGUUAUGGAUGUUUCAUGACAAGGAAAGGAAC